AAAGUGAUAUCAAAAAUUCAUAUAAAUCAAAGGCAUUAACAUUGACAAAUCCACAAUUUUUAACAACGAUUAAAUGAUUUUCACCUGUUGUCUUGCUGGGAAUGUACAUACUACUUGUAUGCUGCAGUGAUGAAACACAGACCCUGGUGGGAGGUGGAGACAGAAUUAGAGCUGAGAAAGCCCCUAAACCUCAACCAACCUGCAUUUUAAAGGUCGCGUCAGCAUAGGUUUGGUGUCAUGUUAUUUUGUGUAUCAAAACAACUGAGUAAAAGAUAUUUACAGACUGAGACAACAGAGCAAGUGUGAGGAAGUAGGUUUCUCAUCUCAUUGUUUCACUGUAUCUGCUGUCUCAGAUGCCUCAGUCACUUGUUUGUAGCUUUUGAACAUGAAUGCCAUUCAAAAGAUCUGCUCCAUUUUCGAAGUUCUUUUGUUUUUACUUCAGCAGGAGUCAUGUGCUGAAAAAAAGCCAGAGAUUGUACAUAAAGCUGUUGGGAGUUCACUGCAUCUAAUUACGGAUCAUCCAAAAGAAAAUCUUACUCAAGUUGAAUGGAAAUUCUGUCAGAAAACCUUUGCUGAGUAUGAUAGAUCCAUUUUCAGCCUACUUAUACCCGACUUAUUUGAUGGAAGGUUACACACUAAUGAGAGUGAUGUAAGUGUUACAGUUAAAAACCUUCAGCUCAGCGAUUCUGGAAACUUCCAGAUUGUUCAAGAAGGAAAUAGAAUACAAUAUGGCACAAAAGAAAUUCAGCUACAUGUGCAUGAUCCUAUCGGAGAUGUAAAUAUUCAGAACAACGUAAGUUGGCUGCAGUCAAAAAACAUUUGUACAUUUCAUCUUCAUUGUCUGGUGUUGGGCUCUGUGAAUGCCUCCUUUAACUGGAGUGGCUAUCAGGUGGGAAAUGGACCACACCUGUCUUUCAAUCUCACGGCAGAAGCGAGAGCCACAUUAAACUGCACAGCCAACAACAGUGUCAGCGUCAAAUAUAUGACUCAAACUGUGAUGUGCAAAAAGGAAAAUGGAUCAAAUGUGACAUCAGGUAUUCCUCAGGACUUGUUGCUCAUUGCAGGAGGGGCUGGAAUUGUUGGUAUUGCUAUGAUUAUUGGAAUUAUAGGAGCUUGCUACAAGUGGAGAAAUCUGAAAGGGCAGAGUGAGGCUGGAAUUACAGUGUAUGAAGAUGUAAAUCCUGAGUCUGUUAUAAAGAAGCGGUCAGAGAGUACGAAUAAUGGAAUGUCUAUUUAUGAAACAGUGGAUGACAUGAAAGUCACUCCAAACCUGCUUCCAGACUCUUCUUACAACAUACAGACUCUUUAUGACAAAAUCAGCUUUGAGCGUCACCCGGCAGUCAAACCCACCACUUCCUCUCCCUACCAUGUUGUUCUGGCAGAUUGAGGCUGGAAUUACAGUGUAUGAAGAUGUAAAUCCUGAGUCUGUUAUAAAGAAGCGGUCAGAGAGUAUGAAUAAUGGAAUGUCUAUUUAUGAAACAGUGGAUGACAUGAAAGUCACUCCAAACCUGCUUCCAGACUCUUCUUACAACAUACAGACUCUUUAUGACAAAAUCAGCUUUGAGCGUCACCCGGCAGUCAAACCCACAACUUCCUCUCCCUACCAAGUUGUUCUGUGAGUUACACAGACACAGACUAUUUAUGCUUCAUUUUACAUUCCCAUCUCUGGAUCAGUUUCAUUACGAUCUAUUCAUAUGUAUUAUUGCCUUAAUAUGAUUGCUUUUAAAUUCUGAAUGAACCCUUGCAUUAAAGUAUCUUAAUAUGUGCUCAAACAUAUUAUGUGUGCUCGGCUGUGGCGCUGAACUUUGUAACAGUGAAAAUUGCAAUGCACCACAAAGACACUUCAAUCAAAGAUGCAACACCCCAAGAGCACUUCAGCAAUGACUGAAUAUUCUAACUGUUAUUGUAAUUGUAAUUGUUUGACUGUUUUAUUAAAGAAGCCAUUUAAUGCAAUUCAUUUUUCAUCCAUCUGUCAACAGUGAAGAAAUUUAACAUUAUGACUUUAUGACAUUAAACAUGUUCAGUAUUGAAUGUUGGUGUAACGAAUGUUUAGUGACAUACUCUAUGAUCUCUCCUUUCUUCUUUUAAAUAACGAUUAGCAUUAUUUUACUCACCAAUUCUGGUAAAUGAUACCAAGUAAAAAAAAGCUAAAAAAACAGGAGACACAAAUUGGUAACUGUAAUCCUUUACAGUUACACCAGAAAACAAAAUAAUCAGAUUACCGAUACAGAUUACAAUAUUUUAAAACUAAAUAAAUCACAUCUUUUGAAAUAAUGCAAUAUUGUUUUGGCCAAAGAUGCUAGUGUCGUGAUUCUGCCCAUCUUGUCAUGUCUUUUUUGAUCUUGUAGCAGAAUCACGGCAGGAUCCCUUGUUUUAUGUGAGAAACCAUGAGAUGUUUGUUUUUUACUUCUCAUGUGUUUUCUCAUGUCUUGUCUGUGGCCCCGCCCCUCUCGUUUCCUGUAUUGUCUCCCUGCCGUGUCUUAUGUUUCACACCUGCCCUAGCUCGUUAUCCCUCGUUUGUCGUGCCUUUAUAUACCCUCAUGUUUCAUUGUCUUGUUGCUCGUGCAUUGUAUAUGGUGUCUUUGGUGGCGGGCCUUGUUCGGUGUAUCCUGUGAUUUCCUGUUUAUGCUUGUGGUCCGUUUGGAGUGUCCUGUCAGUCUUAGUAAGUGUUUAGUUUGGUUUAUCUAGUGUUGUACAUUUUCAGUUUAGUGUUAGUUAGUAGUCGUCCUGUCAUUAUCUUAUUGUAUUUUGUGUUUUCCCCCAUCGUGGGUUUUUGUUUUGUGUUUCAUGUAAAUAAAGUUUUGUUUUUGGUUA